CCUCAGACUAAGUCGUCAACGGCAAAGAUCACCCAUUCCUGGGAAAUCUUUUAUGCCCGAUGUCUCCGACCCCUCAUACGCACGAAAACUAACCCCGCUAUUCCCUAGAUCUACCAACGCAACUACCUAACAUAGGUGUUACAGCUUCCUCUGCGUACAGCAAUGGCACCGAAUCUUUCUCAUAGGCAAACGCAUAAUUUACUCUUGAUCUCAAAGCUUCUAAGUCUGAGAGAUACAGCUUCUCCGUUGACCCUGCUGUUGGAUUCACUCGAACAACCAGCUACCCCAUUGGUUAAAGAAUAUAUUAGGCGUGCAAAGAUCUCCAAGGUUCAUGUCACACUUAUUGCUUUUGAGACAUUAAAGCCAUUAGAUGGCGUUGAUGCAUUCGUUUCCGCCCGAAGGAAAAGCCCCUCACAGAUAGUUAAGGAAGUUGGCGCGGCUUACCAGGCUACUGCAACCAAAGCCUCUUCUUCUCGACGUCUCAUUCUUAUAGAUUCCAUUAACCCACUUCUACUCUCUAAAACGAACGAUGCACACUCCCAACUAUCGACGUUUCUUAGUUCAUUCUUAACCCCCCCGAGUCCUUCAGCACCUAAGGUUGAAGUUUCGCUCGUCGUGACUUUCCAUCAAGAUGUUCCAUGCCCGCCAGCUCAAUCCCCUUAUUCGCCAUCAGCUCUUUCAAUGCUGACCUAUCUCGCAACGACUAUUAUAAAGUUACAUUCAUUCUCACACAUACUAGCGCAGAAGGCUGCUCGAGAUCGUAGUCUAGCUGCUCCAGUUUUUGGACUCGAAGAGGAACAGGAUGGAGUACUUUUAGGAAGAUUGGAUAAGCCGAUUGGUAAGGACUCGGCCGAAGGCAUCGUUCUGGAGAUGGAACACAGACGCAAGAGUGGACGUGGUGUUUUAGAGUGGUAUAUAUUACCCCCGGCAUCACAGUACACGCCUCAGCAUUUGAAGGAGGUUGUAACGCUGCUUGACGACCAUCCCUUAUAUCGUCCACCGGAGGAGCCAGAGGCCGGAGCAGGCGAAGAAGAGCCAGAGUCCACUUUCGAAUUGCGACUCACCGACAGACAACGGAGAGAAAGAGAGGGGGUGGUGCUACCAUACUUCGAUGCACAGCAAGGUGACGGCCCUGGAGAGGGCGGGCGCAUUUUAUACGACAUGGGAGAGGAAGACGACUUCGACGAGGAAGAAGAUGAAAUAUAAGUGGGCACGUACAGAGGUUGUUCUCGACGCACCUUCUUUAGUGAAUCAGCGCAGGACAUCUCCUAUCUCCUCUACGUCCUUACGCUUGUUAUCAGCUGGUGUUCCCAAUCGUGCUUGAAGGGAGUCCAAGGAUAUCGUGUACAUUUUGGACUGUUUACGGCAUCCCGAUCAAUUGACGUAUAAUAACACGACUGGCAUAUGGUCAAUGAGACGCUUUAAUGAACAUGCUAUGUAGGGCUCUCAUGAAAAAGA